AUGACUUUUAAUUAUCAACAAAACCAAAACCAAGAUAGUCAACAAUUCCAACAAAUUACAAGUCUCGAUCAAGUUCUUCUUCAACCGAUUCAAAAUUCCGAUAUUUCUCAGCAACGCCCUCAAAAUCUAGCUCAACAAAGUUAUGGACAGCAAAUUCAGCAAGCUCAAAAUUACGUCCACCAGCAAAUUCAAAGUUAUGAAAUGGAUUACUAUUCAAAUGACGGGGAAAGGGAGAAAAAUAAUGUUUCAUAUGAUAAUAGUCAAAGUGAUAGUGUUGGAAUAAUGUAUAGCAAUAAUGAAAUAAGGAAUCAAAAAGUGAUAGACGAGGAGAAAAACGAGCAGGAAACUAUAGUUUUUUCAGAUAGAGAAAUUGGAAAGAACAUAGAUGAUAUGAAAUUUCCUUGUAAACAUUAUGGAUGUAGUAGGAGCUUUAAGAAAGAAAGUUCAUUGAAACGACAUCAGACUGUUACACACAAAGGAAUAAUCCUUGAAAACGGUGAAGGGAUGGGAGAAGUAUCUAAUGUGAUGAACGUUAAUGAUAAUGAGGCAGAUAUGAAAUUUCCUUGUCAACAUUUUGGAUGCAAUAGGCGUUUCAGGAAAGAAAGUUCGUUGAAACGACACCAAACUGUUACACAUAGAGGAAUAAUUAUUCAUGAUGGAGGAAAGAUGGAAGUGGUGACGAAAGAAUUAACAAUCAAUGAACAUUCUGAAGAUAUGAAAUUUCCUUGUGAACAUUCUGGAUGCAAUAGAUGUUUCAGGAAAUUAAGUUCAUUGAAACGACAUCAAACUGUUACACAUAAAGGAUUAAUUAUUAGUCGUAAUGUUGAUGGUGUGAUGGAAGAAGUAGUGAAAGAAUUAACAACUAAUGAAGUUAAUGAACAUGAAAAUAUGAAAUUUCCUUGUAAUUAUCCUGGGUGCACUAGAAGUUUUAAGAAAGAUAGUUCAUUGAAACGACAUCAAACUGUUAGGCAUAAAGGAAUGAAGCCUUAUAAGAGUAAAAUACAUCAUUGUAAUAAAAACUUUUCUAGUAAGCAUGGGUCACUAAAACACGGAUUUAAACAUAAAAGUGACAAAAUAUAUAAAUGUAAAGUGUGCAAUAAAGCUUUUCACUCAAAAACAAAAUUACAUUUGCAUUCAUCAAAACAUUCAAGAUAUUCAAAACAUUCAAAGCAUUCAAAGCAUUCACAUUCAAUUACAGACAAAGUAGGACCUAUUGUGCUAAAAGAAACACAAGAUAUUGAGAAGACUGUGAACAAUAAAUCAGAGACAACAGAAGCAGUAGUAGAGAAUAAUUUAGCAGCAGUAAGGAAUCACUCCAAGAAAUUAGAUCAUAAUUGUAGCCAAAAAUCCCUGAAAAAACCAUUUAUAUGUGAUGUCAAAGGGUGUAAGAAAAGUUUUUCUAAUCCGCAAGGAUUAAAAUAUCAUUAUAAAAGUACACAUAGUGGAGAAAAACCUUUUGAGUGUGAUUUCGAAGGAUGUGACAGAAAAUUCAUUCAGGAAAGUUUUUUAAAGUCUCAUCAAAGAAUUCACACAGGAGAGAAACCUUUUAUUUGUAAUAUUAACGGAUGUAAGAAAAGCUUUGCUCAUAGAAGUGGUUUAAAAUAUCACCAAAAUAAAAUUACUCACGAAAAACGUUUUGCUUGCAAUGUCAAAGGAUGUAAAAAAUCUUAUCUUAGAGAAUCUCAUUUCAAAUAUCAUCAAAAACAACAACACGAUAUUUAA